GAGAUUCUGUUUAAAGUUUCAGAAUAUACUUUACAACAACUUGAAAAUGCUUUAGAUCGGAAGUUAACAGUGCAUAUUUAGAUCUUAAAAGAUGGGCUUUACAAAAAAAGUAUGAGUUAGAUAUGCCUUGGUUUAAACCUUCACCCAAUUGGAUAUUACUAUUCAAAAAAAAGCAUAAAAUUGUAUCGCGUAAAAUAAUUAAAUAUGUGACUAAAGUACAUGUUGAAAAUGAGGCUAGUUUAAAGUUAUAUUGUCAAAAUUUUAUCAUCCUGAUAAAAACAGAAUUAUCAACCAAAAGUGCAAGUAACAUAUAUAAUUCCAAUCAAAGUGGAUUCAAUUUAGAAAUGCAUACUGGCAGAACAUUGAGCGAAAAAGAAGGGACAUUGCUAUCACUCCUUUUUAUGGUAUUAAAAGAAAUAAACGGAAGUUUGGACCCAUUGUUUCAAAAAAACUAUUCAAUGCACCUAAUAUAUUUUUGCGAGCAAGUGCAUCAGGAAAGCUGUCGAGUGAAUUACUUCAAACAUGGUUGCAACAUGUAUUUUUUCCUAACUAUGGGAAAACAGCAUUGUAGAUUCAUCUCUACAGCCAACAAUUCAAAUCUGACAUUGCUUUACAACUGAUAAAAACAAUCCAAGAAAAAGUUAGGUCUAGUUUCAUGCACAGA